AUGAUCUCCACUUCAACUAGUGCGACGACGACGACGGUAGCCACUACAGAGCAUGCAAAUGAUAUCCUUGGACUAGGCAGAAAAAGACUGGCUUUUGAGAUUUGCGAAGAUUCAGAUCAAGACCAGGACCUUCCCGUCACCAAGAAACAAAUUACCAACGACCAUGGCCUAGUCACGCCGCCUUCUUCUCCAGUGAAACUCCAUUUCAAAAGCUCAUCAGGAUCGCUUAGCUCACCGGGGACAUCAUCAUCUACCUACUCACGCACCAAAGCCGUGUUGCAGCGGUGCUCGAAAAUAUCUCACAUCGGAUUCGAGGCAUGCCUUCCCACCAGACGCACACAGUUCAACCAGAUCAUGCAAUUUUUGACCCAUUCAAUUGACUCUGGGCACGGAGACUCCCUUUACGUCACAGGACCACCAGGCACGGGGAAAACUGCACAAGUUGACCUCAUUAUGCGUGAGAAAUUCCUUACGCUUGUUUUGGACCAGCCUCACUUGAAACACGACGCAGGACUACUCAACGCUUCAUUUUUCCAAACUGGUAAAUCCACUUACCAAUCAGUCGCUGUCAUUUCCAUCAACUGUAUUGCCAUUUACAACGCAGAGUCCAUUUUUGCGAAGAUCCAUCAGUCUUUUGCCAAGCAGCCCUCCCAGACAGUUCGCAACGCUGACGACUUACAACAAUUCAUGAAAAGUCAUCCCAACACCACUUUUGUCGUUAUUUUGGAUGAAAUGGACAAACUAGUUACCUCCAAUUUACAGGACACGAACGCGACCAAACACAUUUUUGAUCUCUUUUUGAUGGCUAAACUACCAUUUUUGAGGUUCGUACUAAUAGGUAUAGCUAACAGUCUUGACAUGAAAGAUCGUUUUCUUUCAAGACUCAACCUUAGACAAGAACUGGUCCCUCAGACGGUUUCUUUCGCGCCUUAUACUGCGGAGCAGAUGUCCGAAAUUGUGAUGGAAAAGCUCAAGACUUUGGAUGUAGAGCCCAUUAUUCAGCCCAUCGCCAUCAAGUUUGCCGCCAAAAAGUGUUCUGGUAACACUGGUGAUCUUAGAAAACUGUUCGAUAUUCUGAGGUCAAGUGUUGAAGUUGUUGAGCUAGAGUCUUUCAAGUUGAAAAAGCCAACUAAUCUUAAAUGCUCAGUCGCCAAAGUAACCCUAGCGCAUGUGGCUAAAGUUUUUUCCACACUGCACAACAACUUCUCCACCAAAUCUCGUAUUUGCAAGCUCAACAUGCAGCAGCGACUAGUGCUCUGUUCUCUAGUACAUCGAGAGAGAUCAGAUAUUUUCCAAACUCAAACGUCGCUUGACGAAGCAUAUGAGUACUACACAAGGCUAUUGCGCCAAAAAGAUACCAUCUCUCCGCUGGAACGGAGCGAAUUCUUGGAAAUCUGCAAUGCCUUGGAAACUUGCGGAGUGGUCAACAUUGUGCAAGGCAAAUCAUCAGGCAAGACUAGACACAUCGUGAGAUUGAUAAGAUCCAAUGUGGACAAAAAAGAGUUUAGCGACGAAAUCAGUAAAAUGCCUUCACUGAAAAGUUAUUUGUGA